AUGGCGCCUCCCAACCCUGCCACCUCCCGCCCAGAUCCCGGGGCGGCGGGGCAGCGCCUCUGGCCAGCCGGCCACAGACCCCUGGUUCCCGGAGAGGCGGGUCCGGGAGGUCCAUCUCGGCGGUGCGCAUCCAGCGACCGCUCCGGAGAACGGGGCCAUGCCUCGUUCACUCACUCUUUCUGCAGAUAUUGGGGGCGGGGAGUGUUGGGAGUCGGGCAUGGAGGCGAAGGUCACCCGCUUCCGCACGCGUUCGGUUGCUCUGCCCCGGGAGCACCGUCUCGGCGCCUUGAGGAUCCUGCUCUUCCCGCCGGGGAGCCCGGCCGUGGCCGGCCCGGGAUUGGUUGCCGAGGAGCGGGGCUGCCUCGCGUCCCGGCGGGUCUCCGAGGAGGCAGAGCGCGAAGGGGAGAAGGCGCGAAGGCCGUAGUGGAGACGUGCCUGGUCCGAGAGAGGUCCUGGAGCAGCAGUGACUUUCGACCCUCUGCUAAAUUGAUCAGGAGGAAUGGAGUGUUGGAGGAGCAGAAAUCUCUGGGAGCCAAGAAAAGAGACACAGAAGUGUAUGUUGGGAAUCUUCCACUGGGUAUCUCUGAGGAGGAACUUCCCUACCUUAGUUCUAACCCUCUCCAUGUUCACAAAAUCCAAAAUGGCUGUAAGUGCUUCGCCUUUGCAGAUCUGGGCUCCGUGCAGAAAGUUGCACUGGCGAUGCAGGAACUGAACAGGAAGCUCUUCUGCAAAGGAAAGUUGUAUGUGAAUUCAAACAGAAGAUCCCCUGAGAGGACUCCUGACUUGGCCAAGGUGCCCUGGCAGCUGCCUACCUUGGAGAAGUUUUCUGGCGAAGGAUUUGCCAAAACCCCUGCUUGUACACAGCUCAUUCCUAAGGCUUCUGUUGACUCCUGUGAGACAGAGAGACCAAAGAUAAUCUUCUUUGCAGUUCCCAUGGAAAUGGAGGGGAUGGGUAUGAGCCUCGUGCUCAGGAUGACUCUCAUGCUGCGGCCAGCCCAGCAUCCUCCGGGACAGGGCUCCUUCCUGGUGCUGCUGCUGAAAGAAUGCUUCCACCACCUGAGCUGGCUGCCCGGUGUCCACAGCAUCCACUGGGACAUGGGGCUGCUGGUGACCAGCGUCAUCCCACAGACCCCAUUCUUCCGGGCCAUGCACAUCACCGAGAACCUGCACCAGAACCUGGAGCUGCUGCUGUUCCGCGCCCUAGCCGAGGCCGAGGAGCACCAGCCCGACCUGGACGGCUCCACAGUGCAGCGUGGGACCCACUGUCUGGCAGCACCACCUGGGGACUACAGAAGGGCCUGGAACAGGUGCUGGGUGCUCAACCGCAUGGACAACUGGGCUGUGUUAGUAAGUUUCAUUGAUUUGGGCCGGUCGGCCACCAUCCCUGUGCAGUCCCCGCACAGCCUGGACAGCGACCACUUCUGGGCCAUCACACCCCUGACUCAGACAUCCAUGCUGCAGAAAGACAUUUCGAGUUCGUAUCAGGUUAUCCAUCGUAUCCUGAAAAGGAACAUCACUGGUGCUGUGAAAUUGGAGGUAACAGCCCCUACAUCUAACUGGGCUUUUCUCCUGCUCCCACCCCUGGAGUAUCAGCAGGCUCACUGCCUAGGCCUGUUGCACAUCAUGGAGUUUGAAGAGUUGAAAUAACCAGGUGCAAUCAGCAAGUUCCCUCUCCCGUCUGCCUCAAACCCAGAUUCUGCCUCACUCUGUCCUCUUGUACCUCCUUUGCUCUUGAGGUGUCAGGGAUGAAAAAGGCCAGACUGGUGCCCAAAAUCGAUUCCCAUGAGACUGCCCCCGAGCUCACCUCUCAAAAAGGGCAGUGAUGUCUCAGUGCGUCACAUGUUCUCAGUUCCCUGGUGCAACAUGAAUGUUUGAACCAAGUGUUGGAAAUGUUAGGUUGAAAGCCUGAGGCAGCCUGGGUGUUUUCUGUGUUUCUCCUGUAUACCCCCAAGCACAAUAUAAGCCACCCUGAGAUUUGGGGUAGGGGCCCACUGCCUGGUUGUGCUGUUUUGGAUAUAUUAUGUCCCCCAGAAAGCCAUGUUCUUUAAUGCAAUCUUAUGGGGGCAGAUUUAUUAGUCUUUUGAUUAGGGUGCAACCUUUUGUUUCC